AUGGCCUGGAAGGGCACAGACCUGCACGGACCAGCCCUGCAGCGAGUGCAGGGAUGGGCAGUGACGCGGGACCACCAGCCAGCCCCACUCUCGAUGCGCAGUCCCAUCCCAGGCCUGGGCAGGGUGAUGGUGUUCCUCGCAGCAGCCCUGGCGUCAGCCUCCCUCGCCGUCCCCGAGGCCUGGGGAGAGGAAGCGCCCGCCUGCCACCACGAGGACAGUGGCCUCCUGCACGCCGUGUCCCUGCGGCUGGGGUACCUGCCGGGGGUCCCCUUUGUGUCUUGCAGAGCGUCUGACUACGAGAAUUUCUCCUGCUCCUGGACAUCCAGUGUGGAGACCUUCCUCCCCACCAGAUACAUCACGACCUACAGGACCACGCUGCAGCCUGGAGCAGUUAAGCCGGACCCUCCAGAGGGCUUGGUGGUGGAGCCCAUCCCCCUGGCCCCGCGGCGGCUCCACGUGAGCUGGAAGUACCCCUCCUCCUGGCCCAAGGAGCCCCACUUCCAGCUCAGGUUUCGGCUCCAGUACCGGCCCAUCAUCCACCGCUCCUGGUCCGUGGUGGAGACGGUGAACCUCUCCGAGGUGAUCACGGACGCCUUUGCUGGGCUGGAGCACGUGGUCCAAGUCAGCGCCAAGGAUUUCCUGGAUGCAGGGAACUGGAGCGAGUGGAGUGCCGAGGCCCGGGCGACGCCGGUCAGAGACCCGGCCACCAUGGCAAGUGAAGAAACCACUACAAACGCCAGCCUGGAAAGCCUGGCUGAGGAGCCCUCCCAGGCUCCCAACCCUGAGCCCAUCAACCGCAGCGACCCCCUGGAGAAGAUGGCCAUCCUGGUGUCCCUCGGGAUCUUUGCCUUCUUCAUACUGGCUGCUGUUCUCGUCAUCACCAUCCUCAUCUGGUAG